AGUCAUUACACUGGUGUUGAGGAUGAUGCUGUAAACAUUGUAAAGCUGGAGGAUGAAAGGUAGUAGUUUGUGCUCACUUUUUAAUCAAUCUCUGACCUCCAGUUCUGAUGUUUUGUUUCAUUGCCUUCACGGAGUUUUUGGUUGAUCUCACGGCAGCUCCUGGGACACUUAUACCUGCUGAUAUUUUCAGUGCAAAGGAUACUGCUUUGAAGUCAUAUAAUCCAUCACUAAGCAAAAUCCCGACUAUUCAGUCUUCUGAUGAUGUUGAAAUUGUUUACCUGAGAGCCAAAUUAAAUGUUGAAGGCAGUAGCCAAAGUUCUGCAAUUAAUGGCAGUUUUGCCUCAGAUAGGGGAUCAAGUUCAAAAAACACAGAAUACCUAUCUUCAUUCUCAGGUCCAAGUGGUGACUCUGCUGUUGGCACUUCCAUAAUAUAUAACAAAAUGUCCCCUAAUCAGUUAGAUCGUCUUCCUUCUACUGCAAUUGGAGCUUCACUUUAUAAAGGGAGUCAUGGGACCAAUUUUACGGUUGACAGUGCAAGAAUGAACCUCAAUGUGGUUCCAUACGGUCACAGUAGUAGGGAUGACUUUAAAUAUCUUUUUUCAGAUCUUAAUCCUUUCCAGAUAAAAGGGACAGGUAAAACUUACCUGCAGAACAAAUCUACUGAAAGCAAGGUUGAUGAGCUUCAGAGACAAAAAAUGAAUGUUGUCACUGGUUGCCCCCCUGUCCCACUGUGGAAGAAUCGGCCUGCUUACAAUGAGAUCCCUAAGAAAAAGGAGUAUAAUUAUGUGGAUGGUCUAUUUCCCUAAAUCAAUCACAAGCCUUAUGAGUUCCAUCAAUCAGCAUCAGCUUCAACCAGCUCAACAAAAUCUGAAAAGGUCCAUCGUUAUGGUUUCAAGUUAUCGGGUGAUUCCAAUCUCCCCAAUAAUGAUAAUAAAUCUAGGGAUCCUUUCUCUGACAUGGGACAAUCUAUGACUUCUACUACUGGUCAGUUCAAUAACGCACCACUGGUUCAGGAUGUGAGCACCAACUUUAAUGAAGAAAAUCCAAUGGAUGGCAGGAUGUGCAAAAUAACACAGUGAAUAUGGUUAAAGAUCAGGAAAGUAAUGAAGUGGGUUUACAUGAUCACAGAAAGUCCACACUGAUAGAUGUGCGGGAAAAAAUCUGAAAUUGAAGAAUCCUGAAAGUCCUAGGUCACUAGUUGAUUGGAUAACAGAAAGGGUUGAUCAACUCUUUGAUGACGUAGAUGUGGGUGAUUGUGAAAUUGCAUGGGAAGACUCGCAUAUUGGUGAAAGAAUUGGACUGGAUAAGGCAUAUGAUCUAUUCUCUAUUAGGUUUGGAAAUCAUGGUUUUGCAGAGAUGGAUUUUUAGUCCAUAAACUUUCAGUUUUUUCAGUCUUUACUACAUUAUUGCUUUUAAAGGUUAGAGUUAUUAGGAGCAGCCAUGGAUGGUGUUGCACUGCUAUGUAGAUAUACUGUCUUCAUUUCUUUAGGAGUUCUAAUUCUUUGUGAAUUUCGUUUUCUUGUGAAUAGGUUCGUAUGGAGAGGUCCAUCAUGCUCAUUGGAAUGACACGAUUAGUUUUAGAUAC